UAAGGAAAAAAUAAUAUUGAAAAGUAAAAAGGGUCUCAGCUAUUAUUCAUUGAUUAAAACCCUUUAAGUCACAGACUACAGAGCCAAAAUGUCAAUAUUCAUCAAAUUCUGCAGUUUGCAAAGGAUUUACCUUAUGUCAAGGCCGAAGAAAAAUAUUGCCAUGAUAAAAGAUUUUCAUUCACAACUAUCACGGCGUUGGUUUUGUAGCAGUUUGAAUCAGUUUGGUCAGCAACUGAAUAGCUCAUCACCAGAAGGCGGAGCAGGGAUUCCUCCAGUUAUCAAUUCAUCUUCAGGAAAAGCGGGAAAGAAAAAUCCUCCCCCUCCAAAAACCAAGAAAGCAAAACCACCAAAAGUAGAUCUCAAUUUAGUAGAAGAACUUAAAAAACUUGAUGAGCAGUAUGACAGAUUAAAAGAUUUACUUCAGCCAAUCUUCCCGUUUCCAAAAAAUAACUUACACAAUGCAUAUGCAGUCAUCUCAUCACAAUUGGGAGCUCAACAUAAGGUUGAGUUCACUUAUAACAUGGUCAGUCAAGCGCCGUCCUUUUGGCACUGUCAGGUUAAGGUGGGGUGGCCUUCAGAGGCCAAGUUUACAGGCCGAGCUGCCUCCAAGAGUGAGGCUAGUGGCCGAGCAUCUCUCCUCACCCUUCAAUGGCUCCAGUCUCUCGGCAAGAUCAAUCGUAAGGGGGAAGUGGAGCUGAUGGUUCAGAUGAACAAGAAAGCUGCAAAGAAUACUCCCGUGGCAGAGAUACGACUUAGCACUGAAAGUUUGGCUAGUAUUGAAAAAAUCAUCAACCAUUACUAUGAGAAUGUUGUUAAGAUCGACCAGAUUGCUCAAAAAGAAGUUCCAGUCAUCUCUAAUGUUACGGAGAGUCAAACUAUCAAUGAAGAAGAAGACCUUGAUAUGGAAAUUGACGCACUGCCUAUCCGACGUGAGAAAAAACUGUUUCCACAUGUGGCUGAUCGGAGGGACGGAGAACUCUUUAGGAGGUAUGAGAGAGUAAAGAGUAGACGAGAGGAUUUGAGCGCUGCACUGCCGAUUGAUAAGUUCAGACAAGAAAUAAUCAAUUUGGUAGAGAACAACAGUUUUGUGGUGAUCAAGGGAGAACCUGGUUGUGGUAAGAGCACGCAAGUGCCGCAGUACAUCUUUGAGACCUUUGCUGCUGACCGAGAGGCAACUGACUGUAACAUUGUGGUGACGCAGCCUCGACGCAUCAGUGCGAUAUCACUGGCCGAGCGAGUUGCUUACGAGCGGGACGAACAGGUAGGGGAUGUAGUCGGUUACCAUGUAAGACUGUAUGCUAAACAUCCAAAAUACAGAGAUGGAUAUAUUCUAUUCUGCUCAACUGGAAUGCUGGUACAGAAAAUGGUCAGCGAUGCAGGUUUAUCAGGCGUCACUCAUGUAAUUGUUGACGAGGCUCACGAGAGAGAUAUCCCUGUCGACUUUCUGCUGUUGCUGUUGAAAAGAGCCCAGGAACAGAACCCUGCGCUCAAAGUGAUCAUUAUGAGCGCAACAAUAAACGCAGAACUGUUUACCAAGUUCUUCAAUGAUUGCCCGAGCAUUUCCAUUCCAGGGUUCACCUUUCCUGUACAACACAGGUUUUUGGAUAACGAACUACGGACAAUGUUAAGACGUCAAGGGGCACAGUUUGAAGAAGAAGGCGACCGACCAGUAGUCAACAUAGAGGCUGUGCUUGGAAUGAUUGAUUGGAUCGACAGGAACAAACCAGAUGGAGCUAUUUUGGUUUUCCUACCCGGCUGGUUGGAGAUCAAAACGGUCAUGGAGCGACUACAGGAAUUGCCUAAUGCCGAGAAGUUUAUUGUAGUUCCUGCACAUUCAAAACUGAGCAACGAUGAUCAAAAACGGAUAUUCCAUGUGCCUGAUGCAGGCUAUAGGAAAGUUAUUUUGUCCACAAACAUCGCUGAAACAAGCUUGACGAUCAAUGAUGUCGUGUAUGUGGUGGACUCGGGUGCUGUUAAGGAAGAGAGGAUGGACCUGAAGACGGGUCUAGUAUGCCUGGACAACCAGUGGGCGAGUCAGGCAAACGUGAGACAGCGCCGAGGUAGAGCAGGCCGAGUAAAGCCUGGGGAAAGUUAUCAUCUUUACACAGAGGACAAAUACAACAGUCUGGAACAGUUCCCUACACCAGAGAUCAACAGAAUACCUCUUACAAGAUCUGUACUGGAUGUCAAGAUGCACACAAAAGAUGAGAACAUCAGUCAGUUCCUAUCACAGCUGCCAGAACCCCCCAGACUGGAGUCGGUCACUCAGGCUGUCCGAGUAUUACAAGCUAUGGGUGCUCUGGAUGAGGAUGAGAAUUUAACACCUCUAGGCAAGCGAAUAUACAAACUGCCACUGGACCCUUACCUGUCAAAGGCUCUCGUACAUGCCUGUCUGUUCAAGUGCGUAGGUCCGAUAUUGUCUGUAGUCACUGUAUUGUCAGCUGACUACUCGUUGUUUGAGAAUUCACUCGGUCUAAAGAGCUCGAUGCGACAGAUGAAACAGAAGUUCAGUCCGAGCAGUGAUCACAUUGCGCUGGCCAGACUGUACCAUCAGUGGGAACAGCUUGACUGGCAAGACCCGUCUGUGGCAAGGGACGAUUGUCGGGAGAAGGGGAUUGUGUACAAGAGCAUGGAUAGGACUAGACAGCUGAGGUCGCUGCAUGCUGAACUUCUCGUGGCGGCACGACUAGUCCCAGAAGGGACGGAUGUCAACGACCUCUCCGCCCCCUUCAACAAGUUCUCUCCUUAUGACGAGCUACUCAAGAGUGUGUUGCUGACUGGACUGGGCAAACUGUUGCUGUCCUCACAACCCACUGGCAGAAAAAAAGGGAUAACUAUUCGAACAAUAGAUGGAACGCCAACCAUCAUUAGCAGUGAGAGUGUAAACUCCAAGUUCAAAGAGUUGCCGACGCCAUUCCUCACUUACUUCAAGAGUAUGUCGUCCACGGAACGGAGAGCAAUAAUUGUUCACGAGUCUUCUCUUCUGUCUCCAUUGACAGUCAUUCUGUUCCAGCCGGGUGUUGUUACACUGAAAAAAAUGGAUGGAUUGGAGGAUGAUAAAUCUGUGAUUGCCAUCGAAAGCUCUAAACCUGUCAAUAUCAUUGUUGGACAAAAGGAAGGAGAACAGCUUUUGCAUUUGAGGCAGGUUAUUUGGAAUGUGUUGGAAUACCUUGUUGAAAAUCAAGGAUCUCCUAGAGAUUUGGAGCAGUUCCUUACAAUCUCUGAGUUUAGAGAUAAAUUACUUGACGUUUUGGCCAACAUAACAACGGAACAAGGAUCAAACUUGGAUUAUACAGAGGCAGGAGAGCUAAGAACCGAACCUGUCUAUCAGCGGUCGUAUAGAGGAUAAACUACCAGUCUUUUAAAAAAACAAUUAUUAUUCAUACAGAGUAUUUGUAAACGUUUGUACAAAAGUGUAAUAUACAGGUGUAAAUAUUAAUUGUUUAUGUUUGAAUAAAGUGUUGCGAUUAUCACAUUGA